GCUUGCAGUAGCCCAAGCUUUCGGUCACCCGGACGCGAAGUUAUCUCAACGCCGGUAGACGCUCUCUAUAAAACUUUUAACAACUCAGUGAAAGUGGUUCGAAUGUGAACAUUUGCUUUCCUUGACACAUUGUUUCGGCAACAGGCUGAACCAAAAUAAUCGCUAAUAACUCGUGUAGAAACGACGCGGACUCUGCAUGCCUCUACACCGGUUUUAAUUCGGCUAGAGGGACGAUUUUCCAGGUCAUGAGUUUCGCACGGCUCCUAGAGGAAAUUGUUCUUAGGACUUAAUAGCUUUCGAAGAUGUUAUCGUUCCUUUUGGUGACCUUGGCGAUCGCUUCAGCAGCGACGAAUCUCGAUAUGAAAACAAACUUUGUUAAUUACACAACACCAGAAUCCGGAAGGAUAAUGGACUCGAGUGGUGUCACAUUAAGGCAGGAUAACGCCAGAGUCCUUGGAAAUAAAUCAAUUGCGAGAGAUAAAAUUGAUGGAAAAGCGGACGAAGUGCGGAACAAAAAACUAUUUCCAGAAUGUCAAGGACAGAAAGUUUGCGCCCCGGCCGAAACUCCGGACGUAUUAAAUACUACAUUGCCAACUUUAAUAUCUAAUAUCAACAACAUGACAGGAAAAGUAAUUAUCGAAACUCAAAUCCAGGCCAGCUACAAGAAGCCUAAUAUCGCUGAAAGGAUAAGAGACGAAGGAAUCAGCAGCGAUAACCUGAUUACGUCAUCCGGUAAUUCAGUCAGGGAAAGUGGUAAAAAAUUAAACUUAAAUGUAACGGAAGAAAAAGUGAACGCCACCGAAGGUCUGCUUCGGACGGACCAACAUAAAUCCUCGACUUCGGACGAUGUUUCUACGGGAAAAGUUUCAGACGAAUUGUUAGCAAGAAAUAUGAAUUCAAUUCCGACAACGACGGAUAAAAAUAAUAUGUCACAUAACUCUACUGAAGUAGAAAUAGCAGAGCCACAGAAUGAAGAAAAGUAUCGCGACAAUGAGCAACAGACCAGAAUCAUCUCCCCGGCUUUCAGCACGGCGUCUUACGGCCACACUUCACCUUUGCGGUCUGACGACUCUUCUGAAAGCGACGUACUUUCUGCGAAAAAUCUCAAAGAUACAGUCGACUUUUCCGGAAGUUCUUUACGACCGACGUGGGAGACAACUCAACCUGGAACAGUUGUCGACCAUAAUUCAGAUGGAAAAACUCGCAAGUUCGCCACCAUCCUUACAACUACUCCGCUUUCAACACGGAAUUUCGGUGGAAGUGUUGCGCAAGCGUCAACCGAGCCCACACCCACCAAACCCAGGACAUACGGCGUCCUGAAGUACGGGAAUGAGACUCGUCGACGCUCCUCCGGACCCAUCGCUGACCUCAAAUCCCACAUGGAGGCCAUCACCCACCGCACCCACCUCGACCUCAUCACCACCGAAACGUCGCGUGACCUCGAAACGUUAGUUUUUUCCGUGACGGGAACGCGAUCCGCGUUGGACAUCGUCGCCGCGUCCGGUGAUAACUCCAGUGAGAGUGUUAGCCGAGUGAUCCAGCAGGAAAUUCCGUGGCCCGUGAAAAAGGAAGCCGUUGUUGAGGGCGAUUUGGUGCUCGGCGGGCUGAUGAUGGUGCACGAGAGGGAGGACACGGUCACGUGCGGGCCGGUGAUGCCGCAGGGGGGUAUACAGGCUCUGGAGGCUAUGCUGUACACGCUCGAUAGGCUGAACCUGGGACCGGAAGUUCUUUUGCCGAAUAUUACGCUAGGAGCGCAUAUCUUGGAUGACUGUGAUAAGGACACGUAUGGGCUGGAGAUGGCCGUGGACUUCAUAAAAGGUUCCAUCAGCAACAUCGAUGGUGCCGAAUAUCACUGCAACAAGACUCAAGUCAGAAAAGUAAUAUCAGGUGUCGUUGGCGCAGCUUCUAGUGUUACUUCAAUACAAGUAGCCAAUUUGCUCAGACUUUUUAAAAUACCACAGGUGUCAUUCUUUUCUACAAGUCCGGAAUUAAGUAACAAGCAAAGGUUCGAAUUCUUUACGAGGACGAUACCAUCGGACCAUUACCAAGUCAAAGCGAUGGUAGAUAUUGUCAUUCUGAUGGGGUGGAGCUACAUAUCUAUCAUUUACGAAGAGUCUAACUACGGAAUUAAGGCUUUUGAAGAACUGGAGGACCUUUUAGCUGCUCACAACAUAUGUAUCGCUGUAAAGGAAAAACUAGUAAAGGAUUCUGGAGUGGCGGAUGAGUCGGCAUAUGACAAUAUCGUGCAGAAACUUCUAACGAAACCAAGAGCCAGAGGUUGCAUAAUUUUUGGUUCCGAUCAAGAAGUUGCUGGUGUGAUGCGUGCCGUACGUCGCAGCAACGCUACUGGUAGUUUCUCUUGGAUUGGUUCGGAUGGAUGGAGCGCUCGUUCUUUAGUGUCUGAUGGUAAUGAAGCCGAAGUAGAAGGCACAUUAUCUGUUCAGCCGCAGGCAAACCCUGUACGAGGAUUCGAAGAAUACUUUUUGUCGCUGAACGUUGAAAAUAAUCCAAGGAAUCCAUGGUUUAUAGAAUUCUGGGAACACCAUUUCCAAUGCCGCUACCCCAACAGCUCAAAAACGCCAUACAACCAAAAACACAGAAAACUGUGUACAGGAAAGGAAAAAUUAACCCGUCAGAACACAGUUUUCGAAGAUCAGUUGCAGUUUGUCUCCGAUGCCGUGAUGGCCUUCGCUUACGCUAUUCGGGACAUGCACCGAGAUCUGUGCCAUGGAAAACCAGGACUUUGUGAAGCAAUGAAACCAACUAAGGGGACAGAGCUUUUAAAAUAUCUAAGAAAAGUUGACUUUGAAGGUCUGAGUGGUGACAGAUUCCAUUUUGACAACAACGGCGAUGGCCCUGCACGUUAUAACAUCAUCCACUUCAAGCAAGUUUCUACAGGCAAAUAUCGCUGGGUCAGAGUUGGGGAGUACGUAGAGGGAGAACUCAGGCUCAAUAUGUCAGAGAUACAGUUCAAGCUUGGCCACCCGAAACCUCCGGAAUCCGUCUGUAGUUUUCCGUGCGAUCUGGGUCAAGCGAAGAAAUACGUCGAAGGUGAAAGUUGCUGCUGGCACUGUUUCAAUUGUACACAGUAUCAGAUCCUCCACCCCAAGGACCCGACGCAGUGCGUGGCCUGCCCGCAAGGGACGGUCCCGGACCCGCACCACAUUCGCUGCGAAGAUAUUCCAGAAGAGUACCUGCGGCCGGACAGCGGCUGGGCCAUCGGAGCCAUGGCGUUCAGUUCGACCGGGAUCCUCAUUACCAUGUUCGUUUGUGGGGUGUUCAUCAGGCACAACGACACACCGGUUGUGAGGGCUUCCGGGAGGGAGUUGAGCUACGUGCUGUUGGCAGGAAUACUCAUGUGUUACAGCGUCACGUACGCACUGGUGCUGAGGCCGAAUGAUAUCGUGUGUGGGAUUCAGAGGUUCGGAGCUGGCUUCUGCUUCACCGUAGUUUACGCGGCCCUUUUAACAAAAACUAACCGCAUUUCCCGCAUUUUCAAUGCUGGCAAGCACUCGGCAAAAAGGCCAAGUUUUAUAUCACCCCGUUCACAACUGAUCAUCUGUUCCGGACUCGUUGGCGUUCAGGUUCUCAUAAAUGGCGUCUGGAUGGUUAUCUCGCCGGCCAGAGCUAUUCAUCAUUACCCGACCAGAGAGGAUAACCUUUUAGUCUGUUCCUCUUAUAUAGACGCCUCCUAUAUGAUUGCUUUCACUUAUCCGAUCUUCCUAAUCAUUAUAUGUACGGUGUAUGCCGUUUUGACUAGAAAAAUUCCAGAGGCAUUUAACGAAUCGAAACAUAUCGGUUUUACCAUGUACACAACUUGUGUGAUUUGGCUGGCUUUUGUCCCUCUGUACUUUGGUACUGCUAAUCAUGUCGCACUGAGAAUUACGAGCAUGUCGGUUACCAUAAGUUUGUCUGCCAGUGUAACCGUCGCCUGCUUAUUCUCACCAAAGCUCUACAUUAUACUCAUACGGCCAGAACGAAAUAUCCGCCAAAGCAUGAUGCCGAUGCGAUACAGUGCAUUUAACAAAAGCUCAGCAACAACUGGUUCGGGGAGCAUGAUGGCCGCAGUCAUGGUAACCGCAGCAACUUGUGAUCAGAAACAACAAAUUCAAAAGCACGUACCCCCGAUAGAAAAGGAUGAAGAGGUGAGCGAAUCCAAAGCAAAGCCUGAAAUGAAGGACUCCAGCACACAAACAACGCCACACCCAAGCAACAACAUGCUCAACAGCUCUGAAGGGCAUCUUCCUAAAAUAAAUAACAACUGUAACGUCGGAAAUGGACCCAUCACCCUCAUUCCCGGAACGCAAAUCAAGGAUUUCUCUUUAUAGCAGCAACAGCCGGUCCUCAGGACAUCUAGCUUAAAAUGUAGGAGAAAUCCUGUACAAGUCUAAUGUACUCAAAAUACGAAAGUUGUAUAUAUUAGGCGAUUUUUUACGAUAAGACUGUACCCACGUACACUUAAUGUAUGUACAUGUUUUGUUUUGAUUUUAGUAGCUGACUGGUGUAAAUCGGGCUUUAACUAUGUUGGAACAAUUACAAUAAUUGUUGAUUAUUUAUAGUGUAAUACAGGGUAUAAAUUUGAUUUCUAUAGUUGUUUAAAGGUAACGUUUAAAUGUGAUUCUAAUGUAAAAAGUCUUCAAGUUGGCAGUCGUGUCGUGCCAACGUUGCAUUUUUAUCGGUGCUGUGAAUAUGAGAUUUGUAUAUUUCUCGAACUAAUAUUAGGUGUUUGGUAAAUGUGUAAAUACAUGUAAUUAAUGUUGAAUUAGUGUUACAAUUAAUUCUACGUAGACGUAAGAAUAUUAUUGAAUGCUACCUACGUAUUAUGAUGUUAAAAUUAUCCAUUAAGAUAUUAAAGUGUAAAAACUAAGAUAUUUCCAUAUACGAGUACAUUCCAUAUAUUACAUUUUUAUUAAACACAGUUGUUAAUUACAAAAUUUUAAGAAGAAAAGUCUUACAAAUACUGAAUUGUGACAGCGAUCGGCGUUACUGAGCCCAAUGCCGGAUGGUGUCACACUAACGAGGAAGCUUUAAUAUAAGAAAAAUGAAUACCAUUGUAUAACCUUGUCAUGAUGAUAAUUAUUUACAAAAAUUAAACAUACAUCAAACAUAAUCGCACAAAGAUAAUUAUUGUCAUAGACUUUGAAAAUGUGUUACGAGUUGUUUUCUUCGAAUAACUUGCAGACGUGACGUACCUGUAAGCAUGUUUAGUGUUUUCACAUACAUAUAAUGUACCAUGUAUCUCAUCAUGGAUUAAA